UUUUUUUUUUUUAUUUGUAAAUCAAUCAAUUACCUUUUUUUUUUUGAAAUAAUAUGGCUGAAUAUCUUGCUAGUAUUUAUGGUACAGAAAAAGACAAAGUCAAUUGCUCGUUUUAUUUCAAAAUCGGUGCUUGUCGACAUGGAGAACGUUGUUCUCGUAAACACGUUAAACCUACUUUCUCACAAACAAUGCUAAUUGCUAACAUGUAUCGUAAUCCUAGUCAUGAGCAACCUCGUUUAUCAGCAGAAGAAGAUCAAGCCAAUUUUGAUUUGUUUUAUGAAGAUGUAUUUAUGGAACUUGCCUCGUUUGGUGAAGUAGAAGAAAUGAUCGUUUGCGACAAUGUGGGUGAUCACUUGGUGGGGAAUGUUUAUUGUCAAUUUAGAUAUGAAGAAGAUGCUGGAAAGGCGGUGGAAAGCUUGAACGAUCGAUUUUAUGCUGGACGACCUCUGUAUGCAGAAUUAUCACCUGUGACUGAUUUUAGGGAAGCAUGUUGUCGACAAAACGAAAUAUCAGAAUGCAAUCGUGGAGGUUUUUGUAACUUUAUGCACUUGAAACAUCCAUCAAGAUCACUAAGACGAGAUUUACAAGAAGGACAACGACUGACAAUACGAGAAAAGCGACGGGAAGCUAGACAACGGGAAGAUGAAGAAAGACGACAACGGGACGAAGAACGACGAAGACGAUACGAUGAAGAAGAAAGGCGGAAUCACCACAAUGAAGAUGAUAGACAACAACAACAGCAAGAGGAUUAUCAUAAUAUUGUGCAACAAGAAUCAAUGACCAUGUAGAUAGAUAGUCCCCCCACUUUUUUUUUUCCUUCUAUAUAUAUAUAUUAUCUGCUUUUUUUUAUUCCUUUAUAUUGAUAUUUACAUAUCUUUUUUUUUUUUCUUUCUUUCUUUUGUUUGAUUGAUAUAUAUUUAUUGUGUUUUAGUUUAAGUUUGAAUAAUAAAAAGCCAAAC